AUGUCUAAGAAACAUCUAUCCAAAUCCGCACCGCGAGUUCGACCCUUAACGUGGUCCAAGAUAGGCCGCGCCGCCAAAACGCAAGAGCUGGCUUUCGCCAAGAACCCGAUGGUGCUCUAUCUACAGGAGUACGCACCUCCUGAGAACCCUAUCAUGAGCCGUAUCAUGUUGUAUCUUCACUUCAUCAGGCAAAUCGACUCGGGCGUGGCGCUUAUGGUCGGCAAUGGUGAUGCGGUGUUACUUGGCAUUGAACCGCCAAGUACUUCCCCCCCUCCGUCGAUGCUCAGCAAAAGCAUCCUACGGUUCCAGCAGUGGUACAACAAGCGGCUUUACUCGCCGGCAAACCCGCGUUUCCCAGCUGAGGGGAGAAGAAGAGUGCUUGAAUACCAGAAGGUCGUCGAGAAGGAGGAGAGUGAAGCGCUGGGGGAUGCAAAAGAUGGCAUGUGGUAUGUCAAUCUAUUGGCGACCCGCCCGGACAAACAGGGCAAAGGUUAUGCUAGCGCGCUCAUGCAUCAUUUCGGGACGCUGGCUGAUGAGACGCCUAUCUGGCUUCACUCGUCUGACUAUGCCAACACCGGUUUCUAUGAGAGUCUAGGCUACAGAGUGCGCGCGGAGGCCAUGCUCGGCGUAGACAACGAAUCGUGGAAGCAUGAACCCGUACAUAUGACAUUGAUGGUCAAGGAUCGGACGGAUGAGAAAGCGCGAUAUGGACUGUGCUAA